AUGACGGUAUCUCCUAAUCCAGCAGAGCAAGCUUAUUUGGACUUGUGCGAAAGAAUCAUCAAUGAAGGUGAACACCGUCCAGAUAGGACAGGUACUGGAACAAAAUCACUAUUUGCUCCACCACAACUACGCUUUGACUUGUCAAAUGACACUUUUCCCUUACUCACAACCAAAAGAGUAUUUUCGAAAGGAAUCAUUCACGAAUUGCUCUGGUUCAUAGCCGGAUCUACCGACGCCAAGAUCUUGAGUGAUAAAGGUGUCAAGAUAUGGGAGGGGAAUGGGCUGCGUGAGUUUUUGGAUAAACUCGGCCUUACACACCGAAGAGAAGGCGAUCUUGGCCCAGUUUAUGGAUUCCAAUGGAGACACUUUGGGGCUGAAUAUAAAGAUUGCGAUGCAGAUUAUACCGGACAAGGUUUUGACCAGCUACAGGACGUUAUAAAAAAGUUGAAAACCAACCCUUAUGAUAGACGAAUCAUUAUGUCAGCAUGGAACCCACCUGAUUUCGCCAAAAUGGCAUUACCUCCAUGUCACGUUUUUUGCCAAUUUUACGUCAAUUUCCCUUCGAACAAAAACGACGAACAAAAUAGUGAGAAAAGUCGACCCAAACUAUCAUGUUUAUUGUAUCAGAGAUCAUGUGACAUGGGCUUAGGGGUGCCGUUCAAUAUUGCCUCUUAUGCAUUACUUACCAAGAUGAUUGCACAUGUCGUCGACAUGGAUUGCGGUGAGUUUAUACAUACAUUGGGUGAUGCUCAUGUCUACUUGGACCAUGUCGAAGCUUUACAAGAACAAUUUACAAGAACCCCAAAACAGUUUCCCAAAUUGGUCAUCAAAGAAGAUAGGAGAGAGGAAAUUAAAAACAUUGACGAUUUCAAGUUUGAAGAUUUUGAGAUUGUUGGAUACGAACCUUACCCAGCUAUAAAGAUGAAAAUGAGCGUGUAG